AUGGACUCUCCUCUUCUUUCCUCCCUAGUUACUGUGACAGUGGGAGGCAAGCAACACUUGCUCGGACUGUAUGACACCGCAGGACAGGAGGACUACAACCAGCUGAGGCCCCUCUCCUACCCCAACACUGAUGUGUUUUUGAUCUGCUUCUCUGUUGUAAAUCCUGCAUCUUACCACAAUGUCCAGGAGGAAUGGGUUCCAGAGCUGAAGGACUGCAUGCCUCAUGUGCCUUACGUCCUCAUAGGGACACAGAUUGAUCUCCGCGAUGACCCCAAAACCUUGGCCCGUUUGCUGUAUAUGAAAGAGAAACCUCUCACUUAUGAGCAUGGUGUGAAGCUUGCAAAAGCGAUCGGAGCCCAGUGCUACUUGGAAUGCUCAGCCCUGACUCAGAAAGGUCUCAAAGCAGUUUUUGAUGAAGCAAUCCUCACCAUUUUCCACCCCAAGAAAAAGAAGAGAUGCUGCUCUGAGUGUCACAGUUGCUGUUUAAUUAUCUGAGGCUGCCAGAGACCCACCUGCACCCCAUCCAAGGGUGAGAAUGGCAGCCAACCAAGCUCCAGCCAAAAAGGAGGGCAUGACCAGACAGAAUUCCCUUCACAACCCAGAGGCUUGUUCCUCCACUCUGUGUGCCCUCCUAGCAUACCAUCUAGUCAGCCAACUGCCACGUCCUCUGCCAUCCAGAAACACCCACAUUGCACACUCUAUGAGAAUGCUGAGCCCAGAUUUCAGACAGUGCCACUGCUGAUCAUGUUGAACACAAAGUCAAAGGCCAUCUUGCAUUUUACGUGUUCCCCUUCCAUGAACAUGAAGCUGACAGGAAAUCAUUGCAGGAAAACCAAAAGAGGAACUGGGUUCCCAUAUCAGUGGCCUUAUUUGAUGUCUUUUAGAAAACAUGGGAAUACAGUGGUAACCUUUUUUUCUAAAUCUGCUGUUCUACCCAUGUGUCUUACAUUUCUAUUAUUUCAAGAAAUUUACUAAUUUCCUGUUUACUCAAGCCUUA